AUGUCCGGCCGGCCAUUAGAAGGCAAAGUGUCCCUCGUAACCGGGGCCUCCUCCGGGAUGGGCAGAGCGACCGCAUUGGCUCUAGCGAAAGAAGGCUCGAAAGUAGUCUGCUGCGACUUGAAGCCGACGGCUAAUCCCAAGGGAUACGAAGCGGACAUCGACAAGACCACCGUGGAGCUGAUUACGCGAAAUGGAGGAGAAGCGAUUUUCCAGCAGGUCGACAUCUCCAACUUCUCUCAAGUUGAGGAGGCCUUUGAAAAGACCAUCACACAUUUUGGGCGUCUCGAUAUCCUCGUCAAUUGUGCGGGGUUCUGGGCGCCUUUCCGGCACUUCGUGGACGAGGAUGACGAGCUGUGGUCGAAGAUGCUGGCCGUCAACUCCGCGGGGACGUCCAAGAUGUCGAGGCUCGCCAUUCGACAAUUUCUGAAACAAGAAGUGGACCCGACUUGGGGCAGUCGCGGCCGGAUUGUGAAUAUUUCGUCUUGCGCGGCGCAGAUCGCCUAUGCCGGCGAGGUUGCCUACUCCGCUACGAAGGCCUCGAUCAACCAUAUGACACGAGCGGCGGCCAUUGACCAUGCCAAGGACUCCAUCAACAUCAAUUGUAUUGCUCCUGGGGUUGUUGCGACCGGGAUGGCACGAGGCAACCUGGAAGACAAGGGCAUUUCCCAGGUAAUGAAGGCAGCGACUCCGUGGCCACGACUGGGCAAUGCCGACGAUAUUGCUGGCGCGGUGCUCUUCUUCUGUCUACCUCCCUCACAAUGGAUCACGGGCCAAGUGCUCGCUGUGGACGGCGGUAUGACGUUAGGGGUCCCUGCCAACUGA